AUGGUCUGCACCGGCAUCCAGCCUUCACUCCGGAGGCUGGUGCUUGAUGCUAGCCGGACGCGCGAGAUCCCAUAUUUUCUCCUACCAUCGAUCUCCUCCCGACCCUUCUCCUCGAGUCAUACCCAGAGAUCACGGAUUGGUCGCGAAGCAAUAGCGAUACCUCCGGAAGUCACUCUAAAGUUUUUCGAUCUGCCAAAGGGAAUAUCAAGAAGCAGGAAUCCAGACACGGCCAAUACUGCAGUUGAAGUGACGGGGCCUCUAGGUCAACUCACUGUCCCUCUACCACCCUAUGUAGCCACAUCACAGGAAGAUGAGGGAAAGAAACUUGUAAUCAAUGUUGAGGAUCCGCUUGAAAAACACCAGCGGUCGAUGUGGGGGACGAUGCGCACUCUCGUACAAAAUAGCGUGGCUGGUGUGUCCGAAGGUCAUGUCUGCAUCCUCCGCCUAGUGGGCGUCGGCUACCGAGCCACGAUUGAAACGACCGCGAUCACCAAGAAGCCCGAAUAUCCGGGCCAGAAAUUCGUGAAUCUUAAGCUGGGGUUCGCACAUCCAGUAGAGAUGCCUGUUCCGCUGGGGGUGACGGCCAGUGUUCCACAACCGACUCGAAUUCUGUUAGAGGGCUGUGACAAACAAGUCGUCACACAGUUCGCUGCUGACAUCCGUCGAUGGCGAAAACCCGAACCUUACAAGGGAAAGGGUAUCUUUGUGAACGACGAAACUAUCAAGCUGAAGGGCAAGAAAGCUAAAUAG